CAGUUGAGUUAACAAUGUCCAAGGAGACAAUAACCCUUAAUAGCGGAACUUCCAGCUGCAAAAUCCAUUUAUUUGGUGCAACAGUUAUAUCAUGGUUGUGUAAGGGUAAAGAGAGAUUGUUUCUCAGCACUGAUGCUAUAAUGGAUGGGAGCAAGGCCAUUAGGGGUGGAAUACCUAUCGUGUUUCCGAACUUCGGACCAUGGAAAUGCGGGCCCCAACAUGGUAUUGCAAGAAUUUCCUGGUGGAAGGUGGUGGUGCAACCUGUGCAGUUGGAUAACGGCGACACUCAAGUUGUUUUAGAACUAACUGAUGAUGAAAAGUCAAGGAAAACAUGGAGUUACAGUUUCAAACUCCAAUACACUGUGACCUUGAGUUCAUCUACUUUAACAAGCUCCCUGCAAAUAACUAACACAUCAACCACUAGCUUUGACUUCACUACAUUGCUACACACUUAUAUUAGAGUGGAUGACAUCAAGGACACCACUGUGUCUGGGUUGGAAGGAUGCGCUUACAAGGAUAAGGUCACCUCUAGUGACGGCAUAGAGCAAGAUACUGAAGUAAAGAUAUCAAUAAACGUAGAUCGCGUAUAUACGGAUACCAAGCACCAUGUAGUAACUCAUGCUGGGGGAAGGAUACAAGUGGAGAAGGAGGGACUCCCUGAUACAGUUCUAUGGAAUCCAUGGAUUGAGAAAUCGCAAGCGAUGUCCGAUUUCAACAACGAUGGUUGGAUGAACAUGGUUUGUGUAGAACCAGGGUUUGUGGGGAAACGUAAGGUGUUGGGGGCGGGGGAGGAGUUUGGAUGCAAGCAAACAUUGACUGUUCUUGAUUGAUUUGGGUCGUGCAACCAGGAGUUAUCACAAAUUACACCCUAUAGAAAUAGCCAGAAGUGCUUUUACAGUCAUUGACUAUUAAAAAAAGUUUUACAGUCGUUUUAACACAGGUGUCUGUUUUAUACACCAUAUGCCGGCUUACAAGUUAUCACGUUUAUAACUUUAUGGGAGACGUUUUUUUUACUAAACAUCGUGUUGUACUCUAUUCUCUAUGUUGCUUACUUACUUACGCACUUUAAUAUUUAUGUGAAUACAUGGUGUACUAUUUACCCUACUUACUUUAUGAUAUCUUAUUGUUUACCCCCAAAAUACAUUCUGUUUACAAUCAUGUUACAAACACAUUCAUAUUUUUAUAUCAGAGUUUUGGUUACUUCAGUAAAAUAUAUAUGAAGCUUAUUAUAUUACAUUGUAGACAAGUUAAA